GCUCCGGACGUUUCCACGGACAGAGUUUCGCAGCAUCGCAAAACCACGUGGGCAAACGAUUUUUAAAAUUUUCAGAAGUCGUGAAAUGAAAGCUAAAUUAAAAAGUACGCUUACAAAAACAGAAAUCAAAAUCUGGAAGAGUUGUUAAACGAAAGAAAAUUGUAGAACUUUUUCAAAAUGAAAAUGACAGCAGCGAUGUGUCAUCGAAAAAAUAAUCCAGUUAAAUCUACAUUCGAAGUGAAGGGAAACGUUACAUUAUAUUGCUAUUUGGCUGUGGCUGUUAUAGCUUUUCUAUGUUAUCGCAAUGCUUUGGACUGCGAUUUCGUUUUCGAUGACAUGUCUGCCAUACGGGACAACCAAGAUUUAAGACCAAGCACACCCCUCUUCAACUUGCUGAGAAAUGACUUCUGGGGAACACCCAUGCAAAAGGAACAAAGUCACAAAUCCUACCGUCCCUUGUGCGUCCUUACCUAUCGAAUCAAUUACUACUUUCAUAAAUUGCAGCCUUACGGUUAUCAUUUGACGAAUGUCAUCAUGCACGCUAUUGUCUCAUCCUUGUAUAUGAGGAUUUGCAAUAUGUUCGUACCGAGUUCCACAGCCUUUGUAGCAGGCCUUUUGUUCGCAACUCACCCCGUCCACACUGAAGCAGUAACAGGCGUCGUGGGACGUGCUGAAAUAUUAUCUUCGUUGUUCUUUUUGCUGGCUUUCCUCUGCUAUACUAAUGCUGCCACCGCAGUACCGAAUACAGACUGGACGUCGAUGUCAUGGUGCCUGCUUUUCGUAGGUAUGGCAACAUUUUCAAAAGAACAAGGAAUCACUGUAGUUGGAGUUUGCUGUGCAUUUGAAAUUUUCGUCGUCCACCGGCUGAGAUUUCCUGAGUUGCCAAAUGUUUUAAUGGGAUCUAAGUAUACAUCCGGAUUGAGAGAAGCCAGUGUUCGGAUGGCUACUCUUAUUGCUUUCUCUGUACUGCUUUUGCUGCUGAGAAUCAGCGUCAUGGGAUCACAGCUUCCUGUUUUCACCAAAUUUGACAAUCCAGCUGCAGCUGCAGAUACUCCCGCACGGCAGCUGACUAUGCAUUACCUGGUAGCCUUGAACAGCUGGCUGCUGAUUUUCCCCUGCGAUCUCUGUUGUGAUUGGACAAUGUCUACUGUGGCUCUAGUGACGUCAUUCCUGGAUCCGAGAAACAUGGCAACUUUAGGUUUUUAUGCAGUCCUUGGUACUUUGUUAUGGACAAGUCUAUGGGAAUAUGAAACCAGAUCCAAGACGAUACUCAUGAGUGCCGCCUUCUUGGCUUUCCCUUUCCUCCCUGCGUCCAACCUAUUCUUUCCCGUUGGAUUUGUGAUUGCCGAAAGGGUCCUCUACACCCCAAGUAUGGGGUUCUGUCUUCUUGUGUCUUACGGAUGGAGUGUCCUCCACAAUAGAAUAAAACUCAAAUCACUAUCCUGGUGUUUCAUAGUAGUCGUCAUUUUCAUAUUUGCUUCGAAGACUAUACGUCGAAAUUUCGAUUGGCAGAAUGAAUACACAAUUUUCAUGGCAGGUCUUCGGGUGAACCAGAGGAAUGCCAAACUGUACAACAAUGUGGGCCACUCACUUGAAAGUCAAGGACGUUACCUCGAAGCACUCAAAUACUUUCAAGAUGCCAUAAGAGUUCAGCCAGACGACAUCGGUGCUUAUAUCAAUGUGGGUCGAACCUACCACAACUUGCAUAUGUAUGAAGAGGCGGAGAAAGCUUUUAGAGAGGCCAAAGAUUUAUUGCCUCGACCUAAAACUGGUGAACCUUACCAAGCACGAGUUGCCCCCAGUCAUCUAAACGUUUUUCUCAAUCUCGGAAAUCUGAUAUCCAGAAACAACUCUAGACUAGAAGAAGCAGAUGCUUUAUACAAGCAGGCUAUCAGCAUGAGAUCAGAUUAUAUCCAAGCCUACAUUAACAGAGGAGAUAUUCUUAUUCGAUUAAACAGAACACAAGAAGCUCAAAAAGUUUACGAGAGAGCUCUGCAGUUUGACGACAGAAAUCCUGACAUUUAUUAUAACUUAGGUGUAGUUUAUCUGGAGCAAAGGAAAAUGGAUCUAGCUCUCUUUUAUUUCGAGAAAGCUUUGAAGAUUAAUCCUGAGCACGAGCAGGCCCUUUUAAAUUCGGCGAUACUAAUUCAAGAGAGUGGUAGCAGAAAUUUGAGAAAAGUCGCUUAUGACAGAUUGAAUAUUCUUCUUCAACGUAAAAGAGCCAAUGAAAGAGUGUACUUUAAUUUAGGAAUGCUUGCCAUGGAUGAGAAAAAUAUCACACUUGCUGAAAAAUGGUUUCAAAAGGCAGUACAGAUCCGAGAAGACUUCAGAAGUGCCCUUUUCAACCUCGCUUUGCUUCUAUCCGAGGCUGGGCGACCACUAGAAGCGAUCCCUUUUUUACACAGGUUGCUGCGGCAUCAUCCGGAUCACGUAAAAGGCUUGAUUCUUCUCGGAGACAUAUACAUCAAUACUAUUCGUGACUUGGACGCCGCACAAGAAUGCUAUGAAAACAUACUUCGGCAAGAACCUCACAAUGUACAAGCUCUGCACAACCUGUGCGUCGUUCAUGUGGAGAGAGGUGCAUUAAAGAAGGCUGAAGAGUGCCUAGAAAGAGCAUCCAUUCUUGCCCCCAGUGAAAAAUAUAUCACAGACCAUCUAGAAAUCGUUCGUCAGAGAAGGAAAUUAACAGCCAAGGCGAUUUCAAAGUCACAGUUGGUUAAGCAGACAGAUAACACAGUAUCUAGAGACAUGAGGUAGCCCAACCAGACAUCACCGAACUUGUAUUAUAGCACAAACUCAAAUCUUGAUGUAUAGCUGGAUUGGAUUUUGCACUUUGGAUGGUUUUAUAAUCUGGAACAAAGCAGGCAAUGUUCUAUAUGUAUAAAUAAAUUUGAGAACGCAUCA